AUGACUCGACAGCUGAAUAGGCCAAACCAGAAACGAGACCUUGAAUACGUGGCAUGCUCUUCCCAAGAGGAGGCGCCAAACUUCAGCCACGGCCACAUUCUACAUGUCGUCACAUGCAGGAAAACGCAUGGCGCAGCGACGGAGCUCAUCGAAUGGGGGGAAAGUGACUCUGAGCAGAAGUUCUCUCCCACGGGGGCCAGUCCUCGGAUCCUCAAACCCCUGCGCCUGUUUGCCAGGGGCUCCCCGGGGCUCAAGAGCAACAUGAGGGAAAUGGCACAUUUAGAGAACAUGGAGGACUUCUGGGACUGGUUAUCUAACCUGACAGAUGUUCAGGAGGCACAGGCCAGAACGAAGCGGAGACCCAUCGUCAAGACCGGCAAAUUCAAAAAGAUGUUUGGGUGGGGGGACUUCCACUCCAACAUCAAGACUGUGAAACUCAACCUCCUCAUCACAGGGAAGAUCGUGGACCACGGGAACGGCACCUUCAGCGUGUACUUCCGUCACAACUCCACGGGCCUGGGGAACGUGUCGGUCAGUCUGGUGCCCCCCUCCAAGGUGGUGGAAUUCGAGCUCGCCCAGCAGUCCACGCUGGAGACCAAAGACACCAAGUCGUUCAACUGUCGCAUCGAGUACGAGAAGACAGACCGCAACAAGAAGACCGCCUUGUGCAGCUUCGACCCGUCCAAGGUGUGCUACCAGGAGCAGACCCAGAGCCACGUUUCCUGGCUGUGCUCCAAACCCUUCAAAGUCAUAUGCAUCUAUAUAGCCUUUUACAGUGUCGACUAUAAACUGGUGCAAAAGGUAUGCCCUGACUAUAAUUACCACAGCGACACGCCGUACUCCUCCACAGGAUGA